AUGCCGCUCAAUUACAUCAGUUUCAAUUUCGAAUUUCAAUUACACUUUGAAAAGUCAAAUGCUUUAAGAUACAGUCAGCAACACAUGUGGCAUGCCACUUGUGUUAGGUUCUCCAUCGACGAAAGAGCCGGAGGUGGAGAUCCACCUGUACCAGUAAGGCAAGGGUUCAAGUCGACCUUAGGAGGUUGGGACCAGAACCAACUGGAGGAAGGCAAUGUUCGUUGCUGGUUCUCUCUAUUGGGGGGCUUCCGAGGAUCAAUGGACAGAGUUCCUAGUCACUUGAUUGUUGCUUUUGAUCUUGGGACACAGGAGUUUCAUGAAGUGUCUCUGCCAGAUGAGUUAUCAUCCCUUGGAGGAGUUAACGUGCUAGACUUGAGUGUAUUGGGGAGGGACUUGUGUGUGGCUCAUUAUGAUAAGAACAGAUGCUUGGAUUUGUGGACUAUGAAAGAUCGCAAAGUGAAAGCGUCAUGGUCUAAACUUUUGUCCAUCAUAGUAGAAAAGGGACUUUGGUGUCCUAGGCCUCUAGCCUACUCUAAGUACGGUGACAAAAUCCUUAUGGAAGAUGAAAUGAACACUCUCUUUUGGUACGACCUUGUGAAGGAGGAAGUCGAAAAGGUCGAUAACAUUCCUAAUGGCAUGCAUGUAUUUAGCACAGAAAUUUGUGUAGAAAGCCUUGUGGAGCUAGAAGCUUAUAGAGGGAUUCGUGGUAGAAAGAUAGGACUAUAG